UAAAACCCCUCCACGCAGCUCACGUGAUCUUCCCAGGCUGCUCCGCAGAGGCCGGGGCUUAGAAGGUGCUGAACCCACCCCGCUCCGCCCGCCCGCCCGCCCUUUGACUCUCCUUGGUGAUCCUGCCAGUGGGCCCUCCUGGUCCCCGGCCAUGGCAUCCCAGUGGCAACCCUACGUUGAUACGGCCCCCAUCCUGGCCCAGGCGGAUGACACCGAAGAAGAGGAAAAGGGGGGUCUUCAGGCGGGCGACAAAGGGGAAGAAGAGGUACAGGCCCUCACGGGGAUUUCCUCUAAACAUGCUGUUCUCAUUGUGGGGGUCCUUUUCCUUAUCAACCUGCUGAACUACAUGGACCGCUUCACUGUGGCUGGCGUUCUUCCUGACAUUGAGAAUUAUUUUGAAAUUGAUGACAGCAAAUCUGGACUCCUACAGACAGUUUUUAUUAGCAGUUACAUGGUAUUGGCACCAAUUUUCGGUUACCUAGGGGAUCGCUAUAAUCGCAAAUACCUGAUGUGCGUCGGGAUCUUCUUCUGGUCUUUUGUGACUCUGGCGAGCAGCUACAUCCCCAAGAAGUGGUUCUCGUUGCUGCUGCUGACGCGAGGCCUAGUGGGUGUUGGAGAGGCUAGCUACUCCACCAUUGCCCCCACCAUCAUCGCCGAUCUGUUCCUGGGUCAACGGCGUUCCCGCAUGCUUAGCAUCUUCUAUUUCGCCAUCCCUGUAGGCAGUGGAUUGGGCUACAUUGUGGGGUCACAGGUGAAAGUCCUGGCUGGCGACUGGCACUGGGCUCUGCGAGUGACUCCGGGCCUGGGGUUGCUGGUUUUGUUGCUGCUGAUAACUGUGGUGCGUGAGCCUCCUCGGGGGGCCUUGGAGACAUGCUCUGAUACCCCGCUGCAAAAUACUUCAUGGGCAGCUGACCUGCGGGCCCUGAGCCGCAACCGCAGUUUUGUGCUCUCAUCACUAGGCUUCACAGCUGUGGCCUUCGUAACAGGUUGCUUGGCUCUGUGGGCCCCUGUGUUCCUGUACCGCUCACGCCUGGCCAACGGAAGCGUGCAGCCGUGUCCCCUAAGGAAAGUUUGCCAUGAUGACUAUGACAGCCUCGUCUUCGGGAUCAUCACUUGCGUGACUGGCGUGCUGGGCGUCACUGCUGGGGUGGAGAUUUCCCGGCGCUGGCAGCGCACCAACCCCCGCGCUGACCCCCUGGUGUGCGCAAUUGGUCUGCUGGUCUCUGCCCCCUUCCUGUACCUGGCGUUGGUGUGCGCUCAGCAGAGCAUCGCAGCCACUUACGUAUUUAUUUUCAUUGGUGAGACCUUCCUCUCCCUCAACUGGGCCAUCGUAGCUGACAUCCUUCUGUACGUCGUCAUCCCCACGCGCCGUUCUACCGCCGAAGCGUUCCAGAUCCUGCUGUCCCAUCUCCUGGGUGAUGCUGGCAGCCCUUACCUCAUUGGCCUGAUCAGUGACGGAAUCCAAGGGGAUCGCUCCCCGUCAGCCCUGUCACACUUCCGAAGCCUCGAAUACGCACUCAUGGUCUGCGCUUUUGUGGGAGUGAUUGGCGGCGGCUUCUUCCUAGCCACGGCGUGCUUCAUCCAGGCCGACCGUAAACGCACGGAGCUCUACGCACAAGGGCAGCUCGUGGAAUCCUCCGAAGGCGAAGAUCGCAUUGUGGUUCCUCAGCGCGGCCGAUCGACAAAAGUCCCGGUCUCCAGCGUCCUGAUUUGAAUCCUGCUGCCCACCCUACUCUUCUAAUCUGGGAAACGAAGAUGGACUUUGGGGCUCUGUGCUCAGCUGCUAUAGGGAGAUCAGGACUCUUUGAACGGACCUUGGGCGGGCAGGGGGGGUCUUGUGGACAGCAGGGAAACUCACAUUUUGGUUGUACUUGGGAUUUUUAUAAAGCAUUAACUUUAUUCAGACUCAUGUGGCAUUUUUCUGAUGAAUGG